AUGGGAUGCGGCUCGUCCCUCGGCAUUCAAUCCAAGGUUGCCGACAAGAACCACGUAGGCGACGAUCGCACGCAGCAACUAGACAACUCGCCUCUCACGGCCGAAGAGAUCCGUUCGCGCAUCGUAUGCUCGGACAAACCUGUCAAGACUCAGCUCACGCCGGCGCUCUCUAUCGAGUACGCGUUUGUGACACAGCGAGGGUAUUAUCCUGACGCGGUCGACAAGCCCAACCAAGACAGCUACACGAUUGUUCCCAACUUUGCAGGGGACCCGACCAAGAUCUUCUUUGGCAUCUUCGACGGCCAUGGGGCCACGGGCGACCUAUGCUCUGUCUUUGCAAAGAAGGAAGUCCCUGAUCGACUGCAAAAGCUCAUGGGAAAGGCCAACGCGUCCGUUCCAUUCACGGAAAUCUACUCGAACUGUUUCACUGACACCAAUGCAAAGCUGCACACGUCGCGGAUCGACGACAGCUUGAGUGGCACGACCGCCAUCACGUGCUUCAUGGACGGCAACAUCAUUCACAUCGCCAAUGUUGGCGACUCCCGCGCCGUGAUUGCCAAGUCGGACGCCGCGCGCAUCGUGGCGUCACCUUUGUCUGUGGACCAAACCCCAUAUCGCACGGACGAGCGAGAACGCGUCAAGCGGUACGGUGCUCGAGUCCUGACGAUGGAUCAGCUGGAAGGGAUCACUCCAAUCCACGAGAACUGGGCCACAGCAGUGAACGAAGAAGUAGACGAAGACGGCGACCCGCCCCGCGUGUGGUCCCCGACCGGCAACUUCCCCGGCACGGCGUUCACCCGGUCGAUUGGGGACGAAAUCGCCGAAAGUUUGGGCGUGUUUGCGACGCCAGAGAUUGCAAGUUUGCAGCUCACGCCCAACGACCGGUACAUCAUCAUUGCGAGCGACGGGGUGUUUGAGUUCUUGACCAACCAAGCGGUCGUCGACAUCGUCAAGUCGUACCCGAAUCCAUUGGAGGCAUGUGAAAAGGUCGUGGCCGAGUCGUACCGGCUGUGGCUGCACUACGAACUGCGUACGGACGACAUCACGAUCAUUUGCAUUUACUUGGAGCACACUGCGGUCACGGAAUCGUCCGAGAUGAGCAUGCGCCACGCCAGUCAAAAGGCCAACGACCUCCUCACAACCAACAUCCUCAACACGCGUGUGACGGAGCUGCGCCCGGUACGUCGCGGCAUGUCGAAGCAAAAGCGCCGCGACCAAAUGAAAAAAGACAUGGCCAAGAUGGUCACGGACGAAGACUUGAACUACAACAUGAGCGAUCACGUUGUGCCCAAAUCCAAGCCAGAAAUGGACAAGAUCAUGGAGAUUACAGCUGGAAAUUGGCUCUUCAAGCAGCUCAACGCGCAACAACGGUCCGACGUGUACAAAGUCAUGAUCCGUGUCAACGUGAACGAAGGCGACGUCGUCAUUCGCCAGGGUGACCCCGGCGACCGCUUCUACUGCGUCCAAAGCGGUGACUUCCAGGUGACGGUGAAGAGUGAAUCGACUGCUGGGAAGCGCGAAGAUAUUGUGCACUUGUACCGCGGGGACACACAUCCAUCGUUUGGGGAACUAGCUCUCAUGCACAACGCCCCACGGUCGUCGAGUGUCGUGGCGCUGACCAAGGGCGUACUGUGGGCCAUCGACUGCCGCGCGUUCCGUUUGGUUUUUAUGAAGUCCCCGACCAACGUGAUUGUCCAAACACUCAAAAAGGUUGACGUGCUCAAGUCGCUCACGACGUCCCAGCUCGAGCGACUGGCGACGAAACUGACCGAGAUAACAUUCGAAGACGGCGACUACAUUUUGAACCAGGGCAGCAUUGGCAACACGUUUUACGUGAUCAAGGAAGGAGCAUGCAUUUGCACCGUGUGGGACACGACACCUGGCGACGACGAGCGACGCAGCCGCGAGGUGCUGCGGCUGCGCCAACACCAAUACUUUGGCGAGCGGGCUCUCCUCAACGACGCCCCGCGCGCCGCCAACGUGAUCUCGGUCGGCCGCACCAAGCUGCUCCAAAUCGGACGCCAAACGUUUGAAGAGAUCUUGGGACCGUUGCAGCAAAUUAUUGACAACGACCGCGCCCAGCGCGAGGCCAAGCAUUUGUUCCAGUCGGCAGUGUCCAACUUGCGCGAGUCGACGAGAAUCGCCAACGCGGCAGCCCCUGGUGCGCAAGAUCGAUCGACCCUUAAGGACGACGUCAUGCGCGGCGCGGUUGUUCCGAAGUACGCGACGCAGCCCACGGAAGUCGGUCUCGUGGUCACGUACGAAACCUUCAGCCACGUCCCGCUGUCCGUGCGCACGAUCUCCAAGAAAACGACCAAAUCCUUCAACAAGAUGGAGGAGGUCAUGCGCGAAGUCAACUUGCACAAGAACUUGCGCACCAAUUGCCGCGUCGCGACCGUGCCGCCCCUCCUCGGCACGUGGACCGAUGCGAAUGGCCUGUACAUGGCGUUCGAGUCCACGUUUGUCUGCGACUUUGCCACCCUCAUGUCUGAGCACGACGCCAAGCUGCCAGAAGACGUCGUCCGGCAGUACGCCGCCCAAUUGCUCGUCGGGCUGGAAUCGCUCCACGACUCGGGCUACGUCUACCGCAACAUGAAUCCAGAGAACCUCGUGCUGGACACGUCGGGGUAUUUGCAACUAGUCGACUUUCGGUAUGCCAAAUGCAUCGAGGACGCACGCACGUACACCCUGUGCGGGACCGCGGAGUACACUGCGCCGGAGAUGGUGUCUGCUCAAGGCCACAGCUUUGGCGUCGAUCUUUGGGGACUCGGAAUCCUCAUCUACGAAAUGCUCUACGGCGUCACACCGUUUGCCUGCGAUGACCUGGAGAACGAUAAGGACGUUGUGCUUGCCGUGUACUCGAAGAUCUCGCGUUACGACAAGAAGGACCUCGUCAUGCCCGACCAAGAACGGUCGCGUGAAGUGACCGACCUGUUGUCGCAGUUGCUCCAUCACUCGCCCGACGAUCGAUUGGGAUGCCAAGGCAUUGUUGACAUCACCACGGGCGGGUCAGUUAUCCGAAGUCACCCAUGGUUUGCAUCUGUGGACUGGAUCAAGGUCGCCGCGGGGGUUCAAGUCGCGCCACACGUGGAGGAAAUCAACGCCAAGUCCAAAUUGUUUGAAGCGCAAGCGACGCCGUGUGUCCUCGCUGAGUACACCGACUCAAAUGCGUGGUUCGAUGGCUUUUAA